UUCGCGUUUCGGUAUGAUUGUAACUUGCCCAUUACAUUGAGAUUAGUAUUUCGUAAUGUAAAAUAUGGGUAAGGCCCAUAUCAAACGUACUAGCUUACAGUUCCAUAAAACAAUCGAAAUCGAAAGUGUAUGUCAGUCUGUCCAUGUUGCAAUCAGAUUUACGCAGACCCAGACGAGAACAGCCUUAAACGAUUUUGCGAAUUUGUAGAAUUGGACUGUAAACAUGAAGUCUAUGAGGUUAAUGGCCAGCAGUCAUUGCUGGAAUGUAUAGUAAAAUGUCAGGAAGAUAACGUGACCAUCAUAGGAGUGAACUGGAAGAAGAUGGGAAAGGAUUUGUUGAACUACUAUAAAGGCACAACAGACGUGUCCCCUGGAUUCCAGUUUGCUGUACCUGGCUGGAACAAGUCAUCUAAUGUGUCCCUGUUGUUGACCAACACCAAGAUGGCAGACAUGGGGGAGUAUGAAUGCGAGGUGCUAACUGACAGGGGGCAUGAUAAAUGCACAGUCAGCCUCAAUGUCACCGCUAUGAACACAACUCCAAUCAUGAACUCCAGUCCUGAAAACAACAUUAAAGAGACCAUUUACUGCAACUCCACAGACAGUGCCGAGGAAAAAAUGAUCUGGUGGUUUGAUGAGGAUAGCAAGAACUUGACAGACAGUUCUGAACUGGUGGCCCAAAAAAAAGACAAUGGACGGUUUAGCAUUUCCAGUAAAUUAACAGUGAGAAAGGAUAUAUCCAAACACUACACAUGCAACGUUCUCAGCAUCACCGGAGUCCUGGAGAGAAUGGAAUCAUUUGAGUCCCGUUCUGGCCCCAGUCCACCCAAGGAUGAUCGGUCUGUCUCACAGUGGGUAGCCCCGGUUGUGGUCAUAGGAUCUCUGAUCGUUGGACUCCUGAUUACUCUGCUUAUUUGUAGAAGGCGCUCCCAACAACGGGCUCGGAGGCAUUCCACCUUACCGUUAAUUAAUCUUGGAGGCCAAUCAGUAGAGAUGGUUGACUACGAUGCCACAGAAAAAGAAGUUCUGAACGUGUAAGAUUAGAAGAGCAUUUUAAUCUGGAGUUGUUGUUUUUUUGUUCCUGUCAGUCUCUACGAUCAAAGUGCCUGCCGCCAUAACUGUGCUUGGCUCAGCUUGUGCCUGAAAUUAUUUGAUCUGUCUUAACAUCCCAGAAUUCAGAUUUGAGUGUUUAUUUCCUGAAUCUACUGAUGAUAGUAUAUAUUGCACUAACACACUUCUGACCAUUGUUAUACUUUAAUAACCAGGCGCACUGAUCACUGUAAACACUACAUUUGAACAUGGCAUAUUUCAUUGUACACCAUGGUUCGAUUACUGUCCCAUAAUACCAGGCUAUAAUCCCUAUGGUUUACACACGAUAUAGGCUAAGGAUCAUAAAUUAACAUUCAGUGUGUAUACACUUUUCAGAAAAAAUGAAGUAAAACAGGUUUCACUUCUAAAAGUGAGUUUCACAAUAGUACGAGGUUGCUAAAUGGAGUAUUUCCUCUAUGAGAAACAAAAACGGGGUUGAUCAUCGGGUUUCGAUAGACACUGAGAGUGUCACUUUUCUCCUGGGGCUAUGAUGAGUGGGAGUGCAUUUUUGCAGGGGAAAACCCUUCAUAUACUGGGGGUUUGUUGAAAAACUGGUUUCAUUUAAUCUGUUUCUAAAUAUUCCAACAAAUAAAAUUAUGGUAAAUAACUUGAUUGUAAAUUGUUUUACAUGUGAAAUAUGUGAUUAUGUCAAUGUAGUCAAGAAAUUGCAGUUACUUAAAAAUUCUGGAUUUUUUUCGAUUUUCAGUGUUUUUAUAUAAUAAUGUAAUUGUAAUAAUGUAUUAUAUGUUCUGGUUCCUCCAAAUGAUCUGCCCGAACAAGUUGUAUUCAAGUUUACCUGCUCGUGAAAAACUCGGAUUCAUAUAUAUUACUUGGCCACACUCCAUGAAGGUUACACAACUGUUAAUAUUAAAAUAAUGGACGUUUCACAUGCUGGUGGAUUAUGAAACUUUUGUAAAUAUCACAAAUGUUUGUUUUAUGAAAGGGGCACCAAUAAUUAUAAAAUGAAAUUAUAUUAUAAUGUUCGUUUCAUAGCCACUAAGCAAUUAUCUGUCAUUUUAUUUUAGCAACUCAAGAUAAAUGACAUGCUGAUUUCACUUCUGUAUGUACGUGGUAAGGGCAGAUUGAAUGAUGAUGAUAGCAUGAACUAUUUUUAUGCCAACCUUCAUGGGACAAAGUGUGCACUUUUAUCUUUGCCCUACUACGGUUGCGCCUGUAUAGUUUGCUUUAGGAAUAUAUAAAUAUUUCUAGGGGUUAGAAGCUCAGAUGAGAUAGGACCCUUGUGAAUUUACUAUCAAGUGAUUUGUUAUUUUUUUGUUGGAUAAAUUGUUUGAUGACUUCCUUAUCAGAUAUAACAUGUUUUUGCAAUAAAUGUUUUAAUGUGAAUUCAUGUAUAUUAUAACUAUUAGAUUAAAGCUUUGUACAGAUAAAUGUGAAAUAUUUUAUAAAAUGUAUUUUUAUAUGUUGUUAUUUCUCAUUGUAAAAUUCUUAAUUGAUAAAAAAGCUUGUCAGCAUU